UCGUUGAAAUUUUCACUCCACCUUGCGCAUGUACGCUUCUUGCAGAUCAAUAAUAUUAAGCACCAGUGGAAAACAGGACAAAAUUGUUUUAUAUUAGUUUUAACAAGUGAACUAAUAGUUAAAAGUGCUUGAAGUGCGGUUAACAAAAAGCGGAAAAUAGUUGUUGGCGAUCGUGGACAACAGAAGAGGCAGUAGACGAAUUCCAAUCACUCUCAUCGAAGAAAAUUUGCAAACAUGGAUUCGCUCAUUCCCAUUGUCAAUAAACUGCAGGAUGCGUUCACUCAAAUGGGUGUUCACAUGCAGCUGGAUUUGCCACAAAUUGCCGUAGUGGGUGGACAAUCCGCUGGCAAAUCAUCCGUGCUGGAAAACUUCGUGGGAAAAGACUUUCUUCCCAGAGGAUCUGGUAUUGUUACUCGACGACCACUGAUUUUACAACUCAUCAAUGGAACUGUUGAAUAUGGAGAAUUUCUUCAUCAAAAGGGUAAAAAGCUUACCAACUUUGAUGAAAUUAGACAAGAAAUUGAAGCGGAAACCGAUCGCGUGACAGGAAGUAACAAGGGUAUUUCAAACAUUCCAAUCAACCUUCGAGUAUAUUCUCCGCAUGUUUUGAACCUUACUCUUAUUGAUCUGCCUGGCUUGACUAAGGUGCCUAUCGGAGAUCAGCCAGCGGAUAUUGAAAACCAAAUCAAAGGAAUGAUCUUCCAAUUCAUUCGGAAGGAGACUUGCCUAAUUUUGGCCGUUACUCCGGCCAACACGGAUUUGGCGAACUCCGAUGCCCUCAAGUUGGCAAAGGAGGUUGAUCCGCAAGGUGUACGAACAAUUGGUGUCAUCACUAAACUAGAUUUGAUGGACGAGGGAACUGAUGCCCGUGAUAUCUUAGAAAAUAAAUUGCUACCGUUGCGUCGUGGUUACAUCGGUGUUGUAAACCGGUCCCAGAAGGAUAUUGAAGGCCGGAAGGAUAUUCACGCGGCACUUAGCGCGGAGCGUAAAUUUUUCCUCAGUCAUCCCAGCUACAGACACAUUGCUGACCGAUUAGGAACACCUUACCUGCAAAAAGUUUUGAACCAACAGUUGACCAAUCAUAUCCGGGAUACUCUGCCCGGACUGCGAGAUCGUCUACAGAAGCAAUUGUUGACCUUGGAGAAGGAUGUCGAGCAGUUUAAGCAUUUCCGACCGGAUGAUCCAAGCAUCAAAACUAAGGCUAUGUUGCAAAUGAUACAACAGUUGCAGUCGGACUUUGAACGAACCAUCGAAGGCUCCGGAUCAGCUUUAGUCAACACAAAUGAGCUGUCCGGUGGCGCCAAAAUCAAUCGGAUAUUCCACGAACGGUUGCGAUUUGAAAUAGUGAAGAUGUCUUGCGACGAAAAGGAACUGCGCAGGGAGAUUUCAUUUGCCAUUCGUAACAUUCAUGGUAUUCGAGUAGGUUUAUUCACUCCAGAUAUGGCUUUCGAAGCCAUCGUCAAGAAGCAAAUUUCCCAGCUGAAAGAGCCCAUUCUGAAGUGUAUUGAUUUGACAGUUCAGGAACUGUCCAAUGUUGUUAGAAUUUGCACAGAUAAGAUGGCUCGCUAUCCGCGACUCCGAGACGAAACGGAGCGUAUCAUUACUACCCAUAUAAGAAAUUGCGAACAACGAGCCAAAGAACAACUUUUGCUAAUGAUCGACUACGAACUCGCGUACAUGAACACAAAUCAUGAGGAUUUCAUCGGAUUUGCCAACGCUCAAAACAAAACGGAAAGUGCAGCGAAAACAGGCACACGCAGUCUUGGAAACCAGGUGAUACGCAAGGGGCACAUGUGCAUUCAAAAUCUAGGAAUAAUGAAAGGUGGUUCACGGCCGUACUGGUUUGUCUUAACCUCGGAAAGUAUUUCGUGGUUCAAGGAUGAAGACGAAAAGGAGAAGAAAUACAUGCUACCCCUCGAUGGGCUCAAAUUGAGAGAUAUCGAGCAGGGCUUUAUGUCUCGUCGGCAUACUUUUGCCCUGUUCAAUCCUGACGGUCGCAACGUAUAUAAGGACUACAAGCAACUGGAGUUGUCGUGCGAAAGCACCGAUGACGUUGACUCGUGGAAGGCAUCGUUCUUGCGGGCUGGUGUAUACCCGGAGAAGGAUUCGUCUGCAAAUGGCGAAGAUGAUGAAGGAGCAGAGGAGUCCAACGAUGUAAGCCAGACUAGCUCGCUUGACCCACAACUGGAGCGUCAGGUUGAAACAAUUCGUAAUCUGGUUGACUCGUACAUGAAAAUCGUUACAAAAACUACUCGCGACAUGGUACCGAAGGCUAUCAUGAUGCUUAUCAUCAACAAUUGCAAAGACUUCAUCAACGGCGAACUGUUGGCACAUCUCUAUGCUACCGGAGAUCAGGCAUCAAUGAUGGAGGAAAGCCAAGAAGAAGCUCAAAAACGAGAAGAAAUGCUAAGAAUGUACCACGCAUGCAAAGAAGCACUCAGGAUCAUUGGUGAUGUUUCGAUGGCAACCUUCUCGACACCUGUCCCACCUCCUGUAAAGAACGAUUGGCUUUCGAGUGGUCUUGACAACCCUAGGCUAUCUCCUCCCAGUCCGGGAGGACCGAGGAAAAAUGUACCUGUACAACAGGGCUCGUUGGGAUCAGCUGGUGCUCCUGCAGGCGCUGGACGCGGACCGCCACCAGCUCCCACGAGCGCUAGGCCAGCACCAGCCAUUCCUAAUAGGCCUGGAGGAGGUGGCGCUCCUCCUCUACCGCAAGGCAGACCAGGUGGUCAAGCCCUUCCUGCACCUCUCAUUCCAUCGCGGCGUUAAACGUACAUCAGAAUAGUCUUGCUUAAGAGAUAUAAAUUCUAAUAGCAUAACAACAUUAUUGUAAUCUGGCUCCACAUUGUAGUUUCUUCCGAAGGGAAUCUGAAAAUACAACGUAAUUAAAGGCUAAAUCAUUGUUAUAUCGAAACUAUUGUAAAUUCACAGUUGAAAAAUAACUACCUACAUAACACAAAUCGCCUGUAGUACCUAUUGUUUCGCUAAAACCAUCUAAAAGUUUAAUGUACAGCAAACAAACAGUGUUAAUAAGUAGCAAAAUUACAUGUAGAUUACGAAAGAUUAAACAAAAAUAUAUCGUUCUAACCAAGUGAUAACCCUAAAAACAAACAGAAACGAUGUGGAAUAGAAAUAUACCAACUUAUGCUCCUAAAACGAAAUAUCAGCUUGUUCCAAGGAUAGGUAAUUCAUCAUUACGUUUGAAAUGCAGUCAUGGAAUAGCAUUCAUCAUCAAAAAUGCAAAAAUAUAGCUUCUACUGUUCAUUGAGGAAUUUUUAUUUGCUAGAUUGUUACAAAAUCAGACAGAGUAUAGAGUAUAGAUAAAGAUCAGCACAGUAUUCCAAAGAAGUCAUUCUGAGGUUGUCAAGUAUCAACUGUUUACGAACAUUCGAAAAAAUAAAACGCUUUAAGUGAUAGUAUUUUUAAUUGUUCUCUAAGAAGUAUUCCGUUAAAUGUAGUUUCUCUUUUUGUGUCUUAUUUUUCGUGUCGAUAGAAAUCAUUGAAAUGUUGUUUUUUGUCAUUAAUUCUGGUUAGGUUAUCUCCAAAAGGUAUGCUACCAAUUCCAUCUUGGUUUGCUUCAUAUGGUGUUAUACAUCUAUUUCUGUUCUUCCAAUUAUUUGAUCUCAUUGUUAAGCCCUAUUUUGGCUCUUUGAGUGUAUUUUUUUUCUUUUGAAUAGCAUUAUGCAACUUUUAGAAUACUCGAAAUAUAUAUAUAUAUUCAGAUAAAGACGGAUAUUUAGGCAUACUCUAUAAACAGCAUUUAUCCAUAACAACAAGCAAACUAUAGUAUUAAGUAUAUUGUAACAUAGAAUAAAAUAAAAUAUUACUAUUGUGUUCA